UAUCUCAACUACGAUUUGCGUCUCGCUCGGCGCGCGCGUUAAAACGGCGACGCGAACGCAACGCAGCCCUCGCGCAUGCGAACUGCGAAAUUGCAACCCCGGUCACGCAUGCGGACUGCGUUUUCCAAAGGUCGCCAACCCUCCGCCCUAUAUAUAGAGGGAGCAGGGGGGAGGCGGUCUCCAUCGGUGGCUCGCGCAGCUGCCGAGCAGGAGUCGUGAGAACGAGGAGGAGGAGGCAGCGGCAUCGGCGGCGUUGGGCGGGAAGGAGCGAGGCGAGCAACCCCCCCCCGUCCGCGUGCUCCGCGUUGAGCACCCUGAGAGCAAAGCCCGGCAACAACAACAACAACAAAACAACACGACCCUCGUUGGCGAACGGGGCGGUUCGCGUGCGCCUCGGGAGCGUUGGCGGGAACAACGACAAAGACAACAGCAACAACCAAAAGAAACCGGAGAGCGCCAGACGGGCGAACGUUCACGGCGGCUGCGGCGGUGUUGGAGCGAGGAGGCGCCAUGGCCGCGCCGCCCGUCGUCAGACCGCCCGUCACCAUGAACCUGUUCGCCACCUGGGAGGUGGACAAGGCAUCGCCCAGCUGCGUGCCGAGGUUGUUCAGCAUGACUCUGAAGAAAUUGAUGGUUCUGAAGGAUUUGGAUAAGGAGUUAAACUCUGUGGUAAUUGCUGUCAAGUUACAGGGAUCCAAACGCAUCCUGAGGUCAAAUGAAAUCCCUUUACCUCCGAGUGGCCUCAUCGAAGCUGACCUGGAGCUCACCUUCUCUUUACAGUAUCCACAUUUUCUAAAGCGGGAGAGCAACAAGCUUCAGAUCAUGCUGCAGAGGAGAAAGCGAUACAAAAACCGAACCUUCUUGGGCUACAAGACGCUUGCAGCUGGCUUCAUCAACAUGACUGAGGUGAUGCAGCACCCAACGGAUGGUGGAAUGGUUCUGGGACUUCAUGGCAACAUAAAGGAGUCAACAGCUGGGCGCUCGGCAGAGAUCUGCAUCUUCUCCCUGUCAAGCCAGCCUGUAGACCAAGAGGAGGCAGUGGGGCCUGGUGACCGCAAGAGCAAGGCUCUAGAUCGCUCUGCAGAUGCAGAUAACUACUCGGAGGAUGAUGAUGAGAGCUUUUCCUCUGAACAGGAUGCAAGCGAUGAACAUGUACAGGACAUGUACGAUGAUUACAACCUCUCGGGCAAGUCAAAGAAAUCGAGGCACAGAAAAGUAUCCAGAGCGAUAUCCCUCAGCCGGCAACCGAACCUGAAACAAAAAGUGGUGGCACUACUCAAGCGAUUCCGUGUGAUGGAUGAGAACCUGGACCUUGAGCAAGAUCCGGGAGACCAGACCCGUGAGAUGGAGGAGGAGGAGGACCUCAACUUGCUCUAUGACAGCUUGGAGCUCGACAACCCGAGUGACAGUGGUCCUGAUAUGGAUGACAAUGAGAGCGUCGUCAGUGCACCAAAACCAACGCUCAAGCCAUUCUUUCAAGAGGUCUCUAACUCAAGCUCUCAGACUGAAAUUGCCAGCAUCAAAAGUAUGAAGAGCCAGCCCAGGGAAGUCGCAUGCCAGGUGGAAAGCCCAGAUAAAUUGUUGGUUCUUGAGAGGAAAAGGUUCACCUCCGACACAAGCACAGAUGAAUGCCCGCAGGAGCUGAGAGAGACGGACACAAGCCCAGGCUCGGAGUCGGGUCGAGUGGAAGCCCUGCUGGAAAGGCUUCCUCCCCGUGGCAAGAUGAGCCGCACCGAGUCCCAGAUCAUCACUUCUCCCAGUAGAGUGGAGGUGAGGGCGUCGCUGCGCAAGGGACGGAGCUCGUCAUUGCGGGAACGAUCAAGCUCUCGGCUGCAAAGUGUCCGCGCGAGCAGCCUGGACAACGAUCAGAGCCCCGACCCCCAACUCAUGCAGACCCCCCAGCGGUCGGUAUAUGAGCAACUAAACCGAAUCCUUGGUACGGAAGACCAGCUACCAGAGAGUGUGAUGCUCAUUAACACGGCUGACUGGCAGGGACAGUACGUGUCGUCCCUGCUUCAAAAGGACAACCAGCCAGUAGUGUGCACAGCCUCCCUGGCCGACGUGCAGGCCGUGUUUGUGUCUCUCGUCUCCAGGAUACAGCGAUUUUGCAACUCAAACCCGCAGACACCAGAGCCCAUACGCGUGGCGGUGGUUGGUGAUCUGAGCCACCUCCACGCCGUGCUCCGCUGCUUUGUUGACCAGCUCUCUCAGAAGACCUCCGACUGGCUCGGAUUCUUGCGGUUUCUCAUAAUCCCACUUGGCUGCCACGGCUUGGCUAAGUACCUCGCCUCUCUGGACAGCAAGUACGGGGGUGUGUUCCUGGACCCUGUGUGGCAGGAAAUGUUCACCCAUCCGGAGCCUCCCACGACAGAUUUACUUGAUGUUACAACUCGCAUCGUUGGUUAUGUUUCCGGGGCAAAUGUGACUCACCCGUUGCCCAUAGCAGAAGCCAUGCUGACCUACAAACAAAAGGGACUUGAAGAGGAGUCUUGUCAGAAGUUUAUUCCCUUCAUCAGCAUUGUUAACGUUGGGGUGGUUGAACAGAUGACGGCUCCUAUUGCGGACAUGGAUGAGUCCUUGCUGUACCCUUCCGUGUCGCUGACCUCCACCCCGUCUACAAGCGCCAUGGGCGGAGGUGGCUCCAAGGACAUCUGCCCGACACCCCCAGCCUCUCCGUCUGUUGGGCCUUCCCCUGUCAGCUGGCAGGGUGGUGAGGUCAUGGGGCUCCACGUUGAUUACUGGACGGUGGCAGGUGCCGAGCGGCGGCGCGAGGGUGAGCGUGAUCGCAAGGAGGGCAGCGGCAAAACGACACUGAAGAGCAACUUCCGCUCGCUGCAGGUCAGCCGGCUGCCCACGGGGCCCGGGGAGGGACAGAGUGCCACGGCCAGCAUGUGCAUGACCGUCGUCACCAAGGAGAAGAACAAGAAGGGAAUAUUCCUGACAAAGAAGCCCAAGGAGAAGGAUAUAGAGUCCAAGAGUCAAGUGAUUGAUGGAAUCAGCCGCCUCAUAUGCGCAGCCAAGCAGCAGCAAACCAUGUUAAAAGUGACUGUAGAUGGCGUGGAAUGGAACGACGUCAAGUUCUUCCAGCUCGCCGCACAGUGGCCAACGCACGUCAAGCACUUCCCCGUCGGGCUGUUUGCGCAGGGACGGCCCGGGUGCUAGUGGCACGUCCGCCCGUGAUGGCUGCUCCCGAGUCACAGUGGAUCCUGCCUGGCAGCAAACGCGACACUGCUUGGACUUUAUGGUGAAGAGAAUUCAUGUCAGGCAGCGGUAAAUGAAAUGGCAUCAUGUGUGUAAUAUAUUUAAAUUGCAAAUGUGCACCAGUUGACUAGGAAGAUUAGCAUGACAGUGGUGAUAUUUGCUACCACAAAUUGAACUGCACCUCAUUUAUGCCACCAAGUCUUGGUGACAAUAUGCAAAGAAGGAUAUUAUUAACCCUUUCGCGUUCAAACGACGUGUGUCAUCAAUUUUUCUUCUGAUUUCCAUUCUGAUUACGUACGUGUAUGUCAUUGGAACGUAAUAGAUUCUGAAUGGAAUCGAAUCGAUUCUGGACUGAAUGCAGGAGGGCGUGUGGCACAAUUUGGCACCAGCUAUCGUAGAGUGCGGUCGUGUUGCUACAGUUCUCUGCGGUGAGUGCAAUCUUUAAAAACAGCAUUGCUUUGCCACCUAAAUAAAGUUAACGCUAACCGCUUGCGCGUUCCAACAUGCAGGGGUGAAAGGGGGACCCACCCUUGCAAGUUGUCAACGUCUCGGAAUGGGAAAGGGUUAAUUGCUAUUUUAUACAAUUUUAUCCCAUACCAUCAGUUUCAUUACUUUACAAGUAGUAGUCCAACAAUUAAUCUCUGAAGAAAAUAUCUGGGAAUUGUAUUUUGCCAUUUUAUUUCUAAUAUGAUGUAUCAGUCUGUGAUGCACUGAUAACCUCAUCCCUGGACUGCUUUUGGAGAUUCAUGAAAAUGAUGGUAUAAAAAACGUUAUGUUUUUAAAAUAAAUCUGUACUCUUGUCCAGACAACUUACAACUGGGCUUUCGGAGCCAGCAGUUGUGUUUUUAGGAAAAAGCUGCAAAAAAAACAAAUCAAAUUCCCACUAUUAUGGAGCUAUCAUAAAAAAACACACAAUUUGGAUUUACAGAACAUCUCAAAUUAGAAACACAAAUACGGUACUGUAUUAUGGUACACAAAUUGUUGCCACAGUAUUCUUAUUGUACAACCACUGUUUAGCUCAAGGCAUUGCACAAACGUCAAGGGACGUACUUUGAUGCUCUGAGAAAUUUCUGUUAAAUAUUUUUUUCUUAAAACAGCUCGAAUGCAAGCUAGGAUUAGAUUGCUUAACAUGAGAACAUUUCCCGACUUGCUCAACAUGUGACAUGCAGUAAACAAAGGAUAAUACAUUGCAAUAGAUCACACAGCCAUUGACUGACUUGUCAAAACAUCAGCAGUAAAACCAGUAGUCUUAUUAAUCUCCUAGGUGUAAUUGCCAAAAUUGUUAACAUUUUAAUGCACUUGUGUAAAUAAGUUACAAGCAAUGCUCUGAGUUUAAAGAAGUUACAAGGGGCAGCAAGGGAAUGUUUUAUUUUGUUUCCUUUUUUUAAAUACGAGUUCGGAUGUGUGAACAUACAUUGGCAGAGUAAGCACAACUUAUGUUGCAGAUGUGUAUUGUAUAUAAAUUGAGUCUUCAGCAUAUUAAUGUUACUGCAGGAUACAGUAGCUUUUGUAUCUUCAAGUCUCUACAUAUUAACAUGUUUUUUUACCAUGAAGAGCAUGAUUUUAAUCAACUCCAUUUUACCAUGCAUUGUUAAUUAUUUUAAUGCUUUGUUCUGCUAACAUGCAGUUAGCACUGCACAAAGAGAACAUUAGUGGGGGUUAUUUAGAGUUGCACCUUUUUUAUUUAAUUUUCCAUUGGAGGUUGAAAGGAUGUGUGGCUGUUAUAAAAAUUUGGAAAGAUUGACACACCAGGACUGUAUUACUUGGUGCUGGACUAUUGUGACAUGUCAUACAAAAUGUAUUUAUGAAUACUUCACAACUAAGUUUUGCCUCCGUUGUUUAACAAAUGUCACUGCCAAGCAUAUGCCACUCCCAAUGCAUGGCACUAUUUAGACACUAUAGACACAAAUGUGUGCUUUGCAAGUGAUCCUGCCAGCAAACGAUACGUAGCCUCCAUAUUUUAUCCACCAAACAAGCAUCACUGCAAUAUAUAGGACCGCAGUGUACAUGUGUUCCAAUAGCAUAAAGCAACACGCUUGAAAACGAUGAUACAAUGCUCUUUAUUAUUUAAUUAGACCCAGCACUGCUUGCUUGCGUCCUACAAGUUCCAGUCUGGCAAGUUUUUUUUUACAAAGGCAUGUCAGGUUUUUAAAUGCUUGUAAGUGGAUUGACCAUUUGUUCCAACAUUCACCGCAAAUGUAUGAAUUGGUAGACUUAAAGCUGCACCAAGGCGAUAGAAGGUUGCAAAAUGGAGUGAAUUAUGUAAUUGUCAUUUAGAAAUUUCCAUAGCAUUAGUCAUUGUGGUGUAAACUAGGCGCAAGGCACACGGAAAUAUAAAACUAAUGUCGACUUGGCCAAUUCCCUGAGAAUGUCACAUGCACUUGAUUUGCAGUCCAAUGUAGGUUGAGCAGUAGGAACAGAUAAAAAAACUGACAUGGAAGCAGACGCCUACAAUGCCUUGUCAUGGCAUAGGCCUUUAAGAACCUAUCUCGUCACGACCGAGACAUGAAUGACUGACAACUUUGCGCAAUAAAAAAUACUUUUUUGGGGGGGGGGGGCAGGGGGGGUACCGAGUCCACUGCAAAUAAAUCACUGCCGUUUAGAAUAAGUGAAAAUGCAUUACAGGGACAAAACCGUUCUAUCAACUUUAAUUUAAGAAAUGCACUACAUGCCGUAACUGGAUUUUCUGGUGGUUAUGUUUUAGUAAUAUUACUACAGCAACUACAAACAUAAAAGCUGUGAAUGUCUGGACCCGACCUGAGCUGGGGAAAGGCAGCAAAAAAGGGGAAUGUUUUUAUAUGCUGCUGGUCGGCACAUGGUCACACAAACCCUGACUCAAAAGUAACUUGUGCAUGCACUGUUAAUGACCACUUGCUUCCACUCUUACCUUACCAGAGUACACGGCAGGUUCAUAUUAUUUUAGUUGAGGACGUUGCUUUUAUUUACAUAGCCUUUUUACUACAUCACAUUUGCAUUUUUAUUUUUUUGUAUCAUGCAUUUUGUAAGUGAUGCCAGACCCCCUUAACUGUACCGUUGAAGAUGAUUGCGUAUACAUGGCCAUACGCACUUCUUGGACACAGAUUUUUCUAUUAAAGCAAACAAGUAUUUAAUCCGGCGGGGCGAGGGGGGAAUGACUGCACAUUGUAUUGUUUGCAUGUCAUUUUAAGUUUUCCCGAAUUUCAAAUAUGUUCUGGUAUGACACUUGAAAACCCUGCGUAUUAUCAAGUAAUAUUGUUGAAUAUUACUAUUCUUUUUGUUAAGUUUUUGUGUUUGCGUGUAGCCAUGCAAGAAAACGUGUACUCCGUUUGGAAGCCUGCUUUGUUUUGUACCUAAUCGAGUUGUCUGAAAAUUUGCCAGCACAUUUCGUGACAAGUUUUCUAAAACGAAAGUGUUACAUUGUGCCUUUUUUCAGCGGUUUACUUAAAAUAAUAUGGACACAUCUUUCUCCUGUAGCACUGUGCUGCUUAUAGAAUUAAUAAUAUUGUAAGGUUUGCCAUGUGUGUGUGUGUGUGUUUUAAAGCGUAUCUACAGUAAAUAACAUGUAGUGAUGUAGUCGAUGUUGUGUAUAACCGUCUUUGUUGGAGUUAGCAGCAACAGGCUUCAGUCCAGAUGAGGUUCGUAACUUGAGAUGGUGGUACGUGGGUGGGGAAGAAAUCAUCAGGGUGAGUGAUGAUCACUCUCCUGCAUUAAUUACCUCAACUAACCUGCCGUACCAACUCGUAUGUAUUUAUGCAGGUGGUGGGGUUAUUUGAGUGCUGAGCAAUUCUUGAGAUGGGUGACAAUGAAUUUAUAACUUGCCCCCUUGCCUCUUCCCCAAGCUCCCACAGGACUUGGUUAAAAGCCUUGGUUUAUUCUUGCCACUGCAUAUUAAAAAGGUAUAGCUUUGUUCCAUAAGCACUUUAAACAAAAGCAAGUCGGCAAGCGCUAGCUUUGCAGUUUGCACUCUUUUUUUUAUUGCUUAGUUAAAGGAAUGUCCUGAGCCCAGACAUUAACAGGCAAACAUGUAGUUUGUACUUGACAGGGUAUGUAUGCUGCCUUGUUUGCAAGUUUGCUGCAAUAUUUAGCUUGUUAGCUUGUAGCCCAGCAGGUUAACCUGUUGCCACUAACCAGCCAAAAUGUUUGAUGUAACAGUAUUGCGAAUGUUAAGAGGGAACCAAGAAACUCGCAAGAAAAUAACAAUAAACUCGUUCCUGUGA